AUGGGAGUGGCCCCCGCGACGAUUCCGCCUCCAAAGGCACCACCUGCAAAAGAGGGCGGGAAAACCCCAGCUAAUAAGGGAGCAAAUACUACUCUCAAGGCUGGCAGGAAGGCGUCAGGAGUACCCCCUCCUACCACAAGGGUGGACCCGUCGCCCCCCGCAAUCACCCCAACAACUGUGGCUGUGGGGAGCGUAACGGACGCGAUCUGGGCGCAGGUCGUCUCGAGGGGGGCAAAGAGGGCGGCUGCCAAGGCGAAAAAGGCGGAAGCGGAGCCGCCCCGGCCGCCCCCUAAGAGCGCGAAGAGCGCCAAUGCGCCCGUGGCCCAUGCUCCCAAUAAAAAGGGGAGCAGUGGAAAAGCGGGAGGGACGGCGAGGAAAGGGAGCACUGCCGCGAGGCCUCAAACCUCCGACAAGAAACAGGCUCCCCUUCCCAAACUCAGGUCGCCCAGCUCGGCGGCCAUUACGGUCACGUGUGCCGACACCUACUCCUAUCAACACGUGGUGGGGAAGGCGAGAUCCUCCAUGCCCAUCAAAGGAGUCCGGGUCUCCGAACUCGAUGAUUCGGCCACCCCAACCGAGGUGGCGCAGGAGCUGGCGAGGGCCUGCAAGCGACUCCUACCGGAAUUUAAGGUGGGAGGAGUCAGCAGGGCCCCCAAUGGGCUGGGCACCUGUUGGGUGCGGUGCCCUGUAGAGGCGGUCAAACAACUGGUGGCCGCCCCACGCAUUAAG